UAACAAACGCGAAACAUGAGGUCGCAAUCACCCUAACGUUACUCACAAGGCGGUAAUAAGAUUAGAUUAGACCACACCGGAAGGCCAUAAAAACCUAUAUCAACUUAUCAUUUCAAAGGCUAUCCAGUCUCCGGUGAAGCUCUCAACUACGACAGGAAAGAACCACCUGAGGGAAAACCUGACAAGUAGGGCUGAGAUUCACUCCGCGCAGGUCCAACCGUUCCCCAUAGACUCGUCGUGGAUGGGCCAGUCAGUUUCGACUGCCUCCGGAGCCCUAUUAUCUCGUCGCGAAUCCAACUACAGCCAUCGAUCUAAGCUCAGAUCCACGGCUGUUACUUCUCCGAUGGAAUCCCAAGACUCAGAAUCCUUCGAUUACGCUGAGUUUUCUGAUUUUAUUUCGCACCUUCCAGACGACUGUUUGGCUUGCGCUUUUCAGUACCUUGGAUCCCGAGAUCGAAAACGAUGCUCGCUCGUAUGUCGCCGGUGGCUCAAGGUAGAGGGACAGAGCCGUCACCGUCUGUCCCUCAACGCUCAAUCGGAACUUAUCUCCAUGAUUCCUUCUCUUUUCUCUCGCUUCGACGCCGUCACGAAGCUCGCCCUCAAAUGUGAUCGCAGCUCCGUGAGCAUCGGUGACGACGCGUUAAUCCUCAUUGCUCUUCGUUGCCAGAAUCUCACUCGUCUCAAACUCCGAGCUUGCCGUGAACUCACUGACAACGGAAUGGCAAUUUUCGCUGGAACUUGCAGAAAUUUGAAGAAAUUAUCUUGUGGAUCCUGUACUUUUGGAGCUCAAGGAAUGAAUGCCAUACUGGAUAAUUGCUCGUCCCUCGAGGAACUAUCGGUGAAACGGCUUCGCGGAAUCACCGACGGAGCUGCAGCUGAGCCGAUUGGGCCCGGUAAGGCCGCAUCGUCCCUAAAAGUUAUUUGUUUGAAAGAUCUUUACAAUGGCCUGUGUUUCGGACCGUUAAUCAUAGACGCGAAGAAUUUGAGGACGUUGAAGCUGUUUAGGUGUCCCGGUGAUUGGGAUAAGCUUCUGGAAGUGGUCGCGGACCGUGUCACUGGAUUGGUUGAAGUUCAUUUGGAGAGGCUUCAGGUUAGUGAUGUUGGUUUAGAUGCGCUUUCGAAUUGUUUGAGCCUUGAAAUUUUGCAUCUUGUGAAAACACCUGAGUGUACGAAUUUGGGGCUUAAGACUCUUGCGGAACAUUGUAAGCUAUUAAGGAAGCUUCACAUUGAUGGGUGGAAAGCAAAUAGGAUUAGUGACGAUGGAUUAAUUGCGGUUGCCGAACACUGUCCUAAUUUGCAGGAACUAGUUCUUAUCGGUGUGAAUCCUACGAUGGUAGGUCUAGAGAAAUUGGGGACGAAUUGUCAUAACCUAGAAAGAUUGGCUUUGUGUGGAAGUGACACUGUUGGGGAUGCGGAGCUUUCGUGCAUUGCUUCGAAAUGUAUAGCGUUGAGGAAGCUCUGUAUUAAGAGUUGUCCAGUGUCUGAUCAUGGCAUGGAAGCGCUUGCUAGUGGUUGUCCAAAUUUGGUGAAGGUCAAGCUGAAGAAGUGUAGAGCGGUGACGUCUGAGGGUGCAGAUUGGUUAAGGGCGGGUAGAGGAUCAUUGGCGGUGAUCUUGGACUCCCCCAGGCCUGAGAAUCUGGAUGCGAGCGCUAGUGAUAUUGGUUUACAAGAUAUCGGCAUGGAGAACUCUCAAGUGGUUGCUCAAGUUGGGAAUCCCAAUGUUGCGUCGAGCAGUGUAGGGAGGUCGACAUCAUUGAAGGCAAGGUUAGGGCUUAUUGCUGGGAGGAGUUUAGUGGCUUGCACUUUCAGAAGGUGGUCAAGCUUUGGUGGCAGUUCUCAAAAUAAUCAAAGGGAGCACUGACCAGAAUUUAGGAGAAGAAACGGAAAUAUAAAAGGCUUUUGGCCGCUUACAUUGUUUUGCAAUUGGAGUCCCAUAUAGUUUACAGCCAUCUCUCCCACCACCA